AUGGCAUGUGACUACUGCACUAUCAUGUCUGGUCUGAAGGACCUUGACCUCCAUGGAAAUGCGGUGCCUAGUGAUCUUGUGCUGAUCGGUGCAGAUGCCUUUCCACUUGCCAUGAAUCCAAGAGGUCAAGUUCUAAUUGCUGCAUCUCGUUACGGUCAGGGAUGUAUGGUGGUGUUGCGACAUGAAGGCUACUUGAGCCGUUUCCCCAGCCUGAUAGAGAAUGCCCUGAUGUGGCUCAUGCCAUGUACCAGUGAUGCCAGCAUUGUAGGGAUUCAGAGAAAAUUAGGUUCUGUAGCUGAUAACCUGCGCAACUCAUCUAUCAGCACAGAGCUUGGAGAUUUUCGGGAGGGAUUGGCUGUAUAUAUCACAGAUGCUUACAGCGUUGAUGAUUGUGCAAAGAAUAUGAUUGCUUUUCUCAAAGCUGGUGGUGGUUUGAUUAUUGCUGGACAAGCACGGCAUUGGGCUGAUACUCAUCCAAAGGAGAAUGUUUUUCUGAACUUCCCCGGAAACAAGGUGUGCAGCGUAGCAGGAAUUUACUUUACAGAACACCCAGGAGAACGUGGCGUAUUCCCAGUUUCUUCAAAUAUCCCUUCUAGUUGGCUUGCUGAUUUUAAGAAUGACCUAGAAAUCCUGCUGAAAGGUGUGCCUCAGUUUGACAUUCAAGGUUCGGUGGCAUCUGAGCUGACGGUGCAUGGACCAUUAGCAUUUCCUAUUGCAGUCACUCCAACUGGACAAACAUUCAUUGCCGGCGCUUACUACGGACAAGGACGGGUAAUUGUGGUAUCCCACGAAGGCUUCCUGGGCCGUGAAUCUCUGUCCACUUUCCUGAUUAAUGCUAUCAACUGGCUUGAUGAGGGGCGUAAAGGCGUUAUUGGCAUCAUACCAAGUCUCACAGAAGCCCAAAAGAUACUGACCAAAUCCGGUCUGAACUACCAGUUAACUAACUUCAGAGAAGAUCUCAGUGUCCACGUCUGCACUUCCUACAGUGAUGCCCAGUGUGAAAAGAUCCAAAUAUGCUGCUCUUGUAUUUAUGUAAUUCAAUGCUUUGUGCAUGCUGGAUAUCCCAUCAUGAUGCACUCCACCUCCGCCCCAGAACUUAUGAAACCAAAGAAAGCCAAUAAAAGUGAUUUGUGGGGAUUUAUACAUGAGCUUGGUCAUAACCAGCAGCGUGAAGUUUGGGAGUUUCGUCCAUACACAACUGAGUGCACCUGGAACCUGUGGUCAGUGUAUGUGCAUGAGAAUGUGCUUGGUAUUGACAGGGCUACUGCUCACGAAGCCAUGACCCUAAAAAAAUGGCAGGAUCGUGCCAGAGAUUAUGCCAAAGGUGGCAGGGAUUUGGAAAAAUGGACCAUGUGGACAGCACUGGAAACUUAUAUGCAGCUUCAAGACAAAUUUGGCUGGGAUGUUCACUCCGUGACAGAUGCCUUCAAGAAGGUUUUUGCAGCCUAUCAUAUCAUGACUGGGGUGCCCAAUAACAAUCCAGGCAAGAUGAAUCUGUAUGCUGAGACGUUCUCCAAGGUGGUGAAAAUGAAUCUGUCAUCCUUCUUCAAAGCCUGGGGUUGGCCGAUCGAGCCCAGCACUGAACAGAAGAUCUCUCAUCUCCCUAAGUGGAGCGAUCAUCCUAUGAAGCAGUAUGAAUAAGACACCUGAAAGAGUUUUUUAAUUACAGGGUGAAAUCUGAUUAAAAUAAGAUAUAAGAGUAGAUUGAUAUGGGUUGAUAGCCAGUGACUUCUUUUUCGAGGGUGCACAAUGUGAAGCUCGUCACAACAUUUACUGAGCCCGUCAUGUGUUCAGCGCGUCAUGUGA